UCGAUUUGACCGACUGUUGGGCGAAAGUCCGACAGUAUAAUGCCGUUUGCCUUAAAUGUGGUCUUAAAAAAACGUUUGUGUCAGGUGCAUCAUAUAUGUUUUAGUCUAAACAAACAUGUUGCUGCCAUCUGAUGUGGCGAGACUCGUACUUGGAUACCUCCAGCAAGAAGGACUGACGGAUACAAGUCGAGCGUUCAUCCAUGAAAGCCCUAACCUAAGGGAGUAUGCCGAACACAGCUCCGAAGACGGGGCCAUCCCUGCCUGUGUGUUUUCUCUUUUUGGGAAAAACCUAACCACAAUUUUAAAUGAAUACAUUGCUGUCAAAGCAAAAGAAACAUGUCAGGAAAAUCAAAUACCAGCCAUGAUGACGUCAUUAUGGAAAAAACUGGAUUUCACUCUCAACCAGAUCAAAUCUAUGCAAAACUCCCCCGCAGUUCAACAUAUCCAGAGGCUUCGCACACAGAACGGCAUUCAGAACAUGCGGCGUCAGAGGGCCUUGGCGUCCUCGCAGUCUCCUGGCACUGCGGGCCUGACGGUGUCUACUCCUGGACACUGUGUUGGCAGUCCUGUGGCAGUUCCUCAGGGCAUGCUGGGACACUCCACGCCAGUAUGCUACACCUCCCAGCAGACCAGACCCUCAACAAUCAGUCUCUCUCAGCCAGGAGAGUCAACUUUACAAAUAAUCGUCCCUGAUCACAGAAUUGCCCCAGGACCACUGUCUCCAGCCCGCAGGAAAUGUGACUCUCCAAGGCGAAGGGGUGGGAGCCAGUAUGGACCUAGCAGAGGCACUGCUGUGACCAGCAGCCUCACUGUGGAAUCACACAGCCAGGAGGCUAUGACGGAGAACCUGUCUCAAAUGGUGAUCGAGAAUGCACGAGAAAAGAUUCUGAAUGACAGAUCCUUACAAGAAAAACUUGCAGAAAAUAUCAACAAAAUCUUGGCAAGUGAAAGCAGCCCACAAACAUCAAAGGCUGUGUGCAGCACAAUAGAACAGGAGCAGUCUAUAGAUGAAAUACUGGGUCUGCAGGGAGAAAUCCAUAUGACAGAUGAUGCCAUCCAGGACAUUCUGCAGCAGACGGAGUCGGACCCUGCCUUUCAGGCACUCUUUGACCUCUUUGAUUGUGGUAAAUCUAAGAUGGCUGAGGGCGGGGAGCCUGGUGAUGGCAGCCUGAGUAACAGCGCACAGGAGAGCGAUGAGCCAGGCCUUGGGGAGAGCGCUACAGACACAGGCACUGGACAGCAAGAAUCCACAUCAGGAAGAGAAACCAGCACAAGGAAGCUGAGGAGCACGAGCCUGCAAGUGACAAAAAGCAAGAGGAAGUCAUGUGUUCCUCUCAGCGCCGGCCAGCUGCCUCUGCGUACGGCUCCCAAACGGAACGCAACCGCAAGAGGAAGCAGGCAAACCAAAAAGGGAACGGGCAGCAGGAGCCGAGUGUCAUCCCGGGGUCAGCUGGUAGUAGGGGUCGGCUCCAGCUCAAGUGACCAGUUGCAUAACAAGCCAGGUCAGAAUACGUCAAGUGCCUCUCUGUCUGACGAAGCAGCAAGUAUGGAGACGGAUGAUCCAACGAGUGAAAUGUCAGAAGCAAUAGAUACUCAGCUGAUGCCCCAGACAGUCGAUCGGGAGAGCCCUCAGACCAAGGUCACCACCAAGAGGACAGGCAAAAACAUCCUCGUGUCUGACGAGCAAGGUGAACGCACUCCCAGUGUUGGAGCAGACGCCUCAGGAAGCAUGUCUGGUGCAGAAAAGGGGAGUACAGCAGGAAUGACUGGAGAGGGGAGGUUGGGAGCUUUCGACACCACUGGCCAAAGCACCAGCGAGCCCUCACGCCACAGGUCAUCGCACAAUACGGCCAUGUCUGACGAGGCAUCAUGGCAGCAGCUUGCAACAAAUAACAUUCCUUUACUUGACACAUGCACACAGGAAAUGGGAGGUGGCCCCGAGCAGGCUCCGCCCAGCUGCUCGGGGAGCUUUUCCUCUAAACUUUCGGUUUCAGUUGCUCACAGUCCUGUGGCGGUCUCUGCCCCCUCAGCAGCUGUCCCUGCCCCUCUAGCAGCUGUCUCCUCCCCCUCAGGAGCUGUCUCCUCCCCCUCAGCAGCUGCCCCUGCCCCCUUAGCAGCUGUCUCCUCCCCCACAGUAUCGGUCUCUGCCCCUUUGGCAGUUGCCUCUGCCCCUGCCCACUUUGCAGUUGUCUCCGCCCCCUCAGCAUCUGUUCUUGCUCCUUUAGCGUCGGUCCCUGCAACUGUUCCAGUCUCCUUAGCAACCGUCCCAGCCCCCUUAGCAACCAUCUCUUCUCCCUUAGCAGCUGUCCACCCCUCAUCCACCGCCCCUGUUUCUCAUCCCCAAACCCCGGAACCUGACCCGAGCAAGAUAGUGGCUCUGAAAAUCAUCAUCAGCGACGACCAAGAAGAGCAGGCCAGUGACCCUGCUCUGAGCCAGGCCGUAUCCAGCAUCACCGGCGACCGUAUCCCUACCAUCUUCCUCUCGUCCCCGGCCAAGUCUCCGCCCAAGGUGCCGCCCACCCCCCCCUCCUCCGUAAGCCCAGAGGAGACUGCACAGGCGGUGAGCAGCCUGCAGGGGGCGGAGGCUGCCUCAACCCCUGCCACGAGCAUGCAGCUUCUGCACGCGCGACCCAGCAGUCAGGAGACUGGCUUCAUCAAGCUGUUACCCGCUAACCCGCCAUUUGGAGGCACAGGCGGCUACUUUGUGUUGACGGACCCGGCAGCCGCAGGUGAUCAGCCCACCGGUAUGAUGAUGCUGCCAGGGGGUGGGGCACAGGGAUCGUCACCUUGUAUGUCACAUUUGCUAGCCACGCCCCCUCGCUCACGCACUGUUGUUCCCAUGGCAGCAAAUGUGCCUCAGUCCUUUUCACCCGCAUCAUCUAUCAUCAUUUCCUCACCGGUUCAACCUAUGCUGCACAAUAUGACUGUGUCCAUGUCUGUCUUUGGACAGGAUAGCACAGGAAAACUCACAGUAAUACCCAAUCAGAUGUUGGCUUUGCCUGGUCCCACAUUGGUGAACCAGCCUGUGAAGAUUGUGUCCAAACCUAAACUUAUGCCUAAGGACAAUGUGGAACUGGGUAAAACUGGUAUAUCUGGUUCCAGUCCACCUUCAAACAUCUCUCAGAGCUCAGAGCAGCUAAAGAGUACUACAGGGGUGAGCCCAGGUCACAGGAGGAUACUCUGCUUUGAUGAGAACGCUGGCCAGACGAGGACGACCACCAGAUCGACCUCCACUGCCGCUUCCCUUGGUGUGAAAGAACGCACCAGGGCAGAGCGCCCCCAGCCUUGUGCUUUAGGUUCCAGUAAUGGAAAAAGGAGGGUAAACACAAUAAGAUUACCAGAGCAAAGUCAAACUUUAGGGGCAAAGGUAUCUGAGAAGGCUUCUGUACACCAGCAGCAGAAAGAGACCGCCAAAGGCAUGAUGACAGAAAUGGAUGCCCCUAUCAGCAUGUCCUCAAACAGUGCUACUACGCAAGAUGCCCCCGUUACAUCAGAGCCAAAAAAGAGGCCACAGUCCUCGCCCAGCACAGGAAAUGGCAUGGCGGCGCCGAGUUUAACAUCACCUUCUCAGAGCCCCAGGCCCAAGCUUGCCAGCACCAUGACGCUGGAAAAGAGAGCAGCGAAGAUGCCGGAGGGAGCGACGGAGAGCAGCACCUCGCAGGACUCGCCCGGCGUCACCGCCAACAAGGAGAAUGAGGUGGAAGGCGGAAGGCGAGAGGCGCAGCACGUGGCUGCCUCUUCGGUGGAGAGCUUUGCGUCCUCCGCGUUGAGACCCCCUGCGCCUGUGUCUUUGGGGAAACCAUUAUGCAAGACCAGCCCGCUUACCAAGCAGGCCGUGGAGAUGCUACAGGACAUCCAGAGCCAGAGUCCCACCUCCACGCCAUCCAGGAGGAAGGGCACCACCUGCCUGGACCUUCCCCUCCCGAGGACGCCCGGCCCAGGCCGCAUGCAGGAGGACUCCCUGGACGGGCUGAGGACGCCGUCGAGGCUGAGGCAAGGGCGGGAGGCAGAGGGCACACCGAGGCACCUGCCGCCUCCCGCCACCCCUGACCUCCCGUCCUGCAGUCCCGCCAGUGAGGCGGGUAGCGAGAACAGCAUCAACAUGGCCGCACACACGCUCAUGAUCCUGUCGCGUGCGGCGAGGACGGGGGGGCCUCUCAAAGACAGCCUGCGGCAGGAGGAGGCCGGCGCGGCCAAGUCCAGCGCUUCCAGCAGCAAGAAGCGCAAACACACUGAGCUGAGCCCCGCAGCCAAGAAAGAGCUCCAGCUGUCCAGCUCCUCAGGCAGUAAGAAAAAAGCUCAGAAACGUAAGAAGUUGUUGGACUCCUUCCCACGUGAUCUGGACGUGGAUAAAUUCCUGUCAUCCCUGCAUUAUGAUGAAUGAGCCGGCGCUGUUCCAGGAACGGUCCCACCUAUUCCAGACGCGCUGAUAAGCCAACUGCAAAUCUAACUGACAGCACUUUGUCUUAUUUUAAUGCCUCAUGUGGCAGUUGUGUAUAAUUUUGUGUGUGGGUGUGGGUGUGUGUGGGUGUGUACACAUACCUUAAUAUCCCUGGGACAGUUCUUGUACAGUUUACUUUUUGCAGUCAUUUUGACAUAACAUUGUACAUAUCAGUGCAGCACCUUUAAAAUAUAUUAUUUAUGUCCCCCAUAAAUUAGGUUUGACAGAGUUGAUAUUGAUAUUGUAUAUAUUGUAAAGUAGCUCAAAUGUAUAUAAAACUCUUUCUUUGCUUUACUUGUGAAUUAACACCUUUGCAGUUCUGUUAACAGUUCUCCCUCAAGGGGGCGUCAUUUUAUAAAACAAUGUUAAAAUUUCUAAA